AUGGCUAACCGAAAUGGUAUCCUCGACAGAGCCACACCAUCUAUUCAGAUCAAUGACGGUCCACAAUACAGAGUUGACGAUUUGCGUGCGACUGACUCAGCCGUUACAUCCUGGAUCACUCCUGUGCUGCCACGUUUAGAAAAUAACAUAACAGACAUCGACGAUGCUCAGGAGCACAUUGAAACAAGGCUUUGGGACAAUGCCAUCAGACCGCCCUUCGCCUUACAUAGUGACGCUGUGUUCUGGCCUUCAAAACUUAUCGAGCACUUGUUCGAUAGAGAAGCAGUGCUCAGCGUUGUUGUGCACCUCUACAGGCGGAAUGCGCUCCCUGCACCCCAUAACGCGGGGUCUCUUGACAGCAUCUGUCAAGAGUGGACCAAUAGGAUCUUCGGAACCCCUGGGCACACAACAAGGUAUCGUCUGGUCUUUGCGAUCUUAGUUCUUAUGCAAAAGGCCUCGUGCAUCCAGAACUUCGUCAAUGAGAGAUUGGACGACAGCUGUCUGCCUCUUCGACUCGAUCAGAUCAGAGAAUACAAGGGCCAGAGUUCUGGGCAACCACAUCGCCCGUUUGGCGGAUGGUCGCCCCUUCUAGUAGGCAACUUUUACAGUCUGCAGUGCAAGCUGUUUGUCCAGUUCAUUGCAAAAUCUUCAUACAAGGGAGAGGUCUCCCAUUACAACUUCGAUGCGGCCCACGUACUUCCGUGGGUUAUGAUAUCCCAACCGGUUUCAAUUACUGCACCUAUUGGUGCCGACGGAUCUACCUCGAUGAGUUUGAGUGGUGGGUUUGGAGAAGUAAAGCAAAUUGUCAUCCAUGGCUGGCAACAUAACUUCCACCGGACUCUGCAUGAGAUCUCCGCAGCUCCGGGCUGUUUUGCUCUCAAAAAGCUUUACAUUCCGAACAAAGAAGAGUUUGAGCAAGAGGUUAAGCACCUAAAGCGCUUUGGAGGGAGGCACCCCCACAUCGUCACGCUCCUCGCAACAUUCACACGCCACACAAGUGGUGGUAUUGAGUAUCUUCUUCUUUUCCCUUGGGCUGAGUGUGAUCUGCUGGAGUUCUGGAGAAGAAACACGUUCAUAAAUAGAGACUACCAACUUUAUCUCUGGACGGUAGACCAGAUCUGUGGCAUUGCUGGUGCUCUGAGCUACAUUCAUGACCCCAACGACAUGGACCACCUGGACUCCAAAGGCAAUCGUUUGUAUGGGAGACAUGGAGAUAUCAAGCCGGAGAACGUCUUGUGGUUCAAAUCUAGAGGCCGGGGUAACCUUGUUCUCUCCGAUCUCGGGCUUACACGGACACACAGACAAGAGAGUCGUUCCAACCGACCAGGUGCAGAAAUUCCCGUGUCUCCUAACUAUAGACCCCCUGAGUGUGAUAUUGAAGGGACGGAAGGUCGUAUAUCGAGGUCUUUCGACAUUUGGACUCUUGGUUGCCUUAUCCUCGAGUUUAUGGUAUGGUUUCUUGAUGGCUGGGAAGGAUUCGAAAGCUUCAAGCAAAGGCGCAUGUCACCAUACAUCAACAGCCACGAUACGCCCAUCUACUUCAACAUUGUCCGGAUUUCUAAUGAUAAUUACGCUUUCAAUAUCAAAUCAAGCGUGACAGAUGAGUUCGACCGACUACGGAGACACAAGCGGUGCUCACAGUUCAUCACCGACCUGCUGUAUCUGGUCCAAAGCAGAAUGUUGAUUGUUCAAUCCAUGGAUCAAAAACGAAUCGCAGCAUCGGAUUUGUGUCGAGAUUUGACGAGUCUGCGAACAAAAUGCCAUCGUAGCAAAUCGUACUGCGAGCCGCCGGUUUCAUCGAUGCAAGCCAUCGAACGACCUUGGCCUGUCGAGGCGAGGCUCAACAAAGUGGCGAAGAAGAAUAUCGCAGCUAUAGAUGUCAGACAUUUCGAUGCGAUCAUCAUGGACUACGAAGGUCCAACACGGUCAGCUGCUGCUAGGUAA